AUGUCUUCUCCCUCCAACAGCGCAGUCUACUUCACCUCGUCGACAGAGCUCGCCGACCUCGGCGCGGCCCGCUUCGACCACGACACCGCGGCCAUCGGCGACAAAGAUUACGCGCUCAACUCCUACGCGCCAGUCACAGUGCAGUCUGGCCGGGCGCCCAAAGGUCUCGAGGACCAGGUCUUCGCGUGGAACACCUUCCAGUACACGACGAGUGAGAAGAACGAGAAGGAGGAGAAGAAGGGCGAUCUGCAUGAGGGACAACUGCACCGGCAGAACAGAGCUGCCGCUGGGGUUCAGCCGACUACGCUGGCGUCUGAGAAUCGCCCGGCGUCUUACGGUGGUGGGAGGGGAGCUCAGGCUAGACGGGGAGGCCGCGGUGGUCGAGGUGAUCGAGGAGGCAAAGGUGGUGGGGGCGUUGGUAGAAGUGAUGGAAAGCCAGAUGCAUUGUGCGCGGGAAGGAAGCCGGAGGGUAAAGCACCACCGCUGGCAAAGGGAUUUGCGGAGGAGUUAGAUAAGAGCUUGUUUUGGGAAGGGCCCAUCGUCUGA